AGUUGGGGAGGCGUGUCCAUGAAGGACAGAGGCGGCGCUUGCGAACAGGUGCACUGGGAUUGACAAGGCAUUGCCAUGGAGACAACCUGUGAUGUAGGUACGGUGUGAAUGACAGCGAGCUCAGUCCCGGCCGGUCAGAAUCCAGGCUCGGUGAGAAGUGAAUGGGAAGGAGGGAGAGAGCGGUUCUGAAGCUCCAGGAGGAAGAUCAGAUGGUCGUUCGGUGUCUGCUGUCUGACAGCAUUAUAGCAGGAUAUAGAACCGGCAGCGCUCUGCAAAAGUCAAAAACAAAACAGCGGCUAAAGAACUGGAGCUCAGUGCUCCACUUCGCACGGUCCCUAAGUAUCUCCCGUGCCGUGCCGUGCGGCUGGGCUGGGUUGUGUUCCAAUAUAUUGUCCAGCAGGCGAGUUCAGCGACUAUACUGGUACUUCUCAACCCCAAAGGACAUUUGCGAGGAAGGAACGGAAAGCACUUGACUUGAGCGAUUGUAUUUCUGAUGCAGUUGCGGGCAGUGUGGUUUGUCAAACCAACACACAGUUUAACACUGAGUGGACUAUGGAGCCGGUGACAUCUGAGAAACUUGCCACUUUGAUCCCGCUAACGUUGCUCUGUGCAAUAUUUGGUGAGGUGUGCACAGCAGUCAGCGUGGAUAUGACACAAACCAACAUAGUGGUGGUGGAGGGACACACGGCAGUUCUGCCAGCCGGGUACCACGGUGUCUCCACUGACUUGAGUAAAAACACUGUGGUCUGGACCACCGACUCCCUGAGUUAUAGACAGAUUAUCUCGUACUCUGGGGGUCAGCAGAGCCAGGGAGAUCCCCGCGUGGGGUUCAUGCACACCAUGCCUUCCAGCAACGUCUCCAUCUACAUCAACAACACAAAAGAGAGCGAUUCUGGACGCUACUCCUACAACGUUGUCAUCCCAGGACAGACGGGCUUCUCCGGGGGAAUAAACCUCACUGUUCACGUGCCUCCCUCAGUCCCGGUUUGCUCAAUGAGAGGAGAAGCUGUAAUUAAAGACAAUGUGACUCUGAGCUGCCAGUCAAGAAGUGGUAAACCGAUCCCUGUUUACAGCUGGGAGAAGAAAGCUCCCACUACACAAGUCUUCUUCCCUCCCAUCCAGGACUCACGGAGUGGGACCCUGCAGCUGACCAACCUGACCAAGCAAAUGUCUGGAAUGUACGUGUGCACGUCCAGCAACUCGGCUGGGAAUGAGUCCUGCUACAUCAACCUGGAAGUCUCUGAACCGGUGAACGCAGGGAUGAUAGCUGGGGUGGUGGUGGGCACAUUGCUGGGGGUGCUGGCUAUCAUUCUCGCCGUCUACAUCUUCCUGAAACUCCGACGACACUCUGGGGAGGACAUGGCCAAUGAAAUCAAGGAGGAUGCCCCGGCACCCAGACGGGUCUCGUGGUCUAAGAGUGGCGCUGGCUCAGACAUCGUCUCCAGAAACGGCACCCUCUCCUCCAUCACCACCUCCGCCACCCACACCCGGGGCCCCGGUCACCCCCAGCACCACUACCCCCCCAAACCUGCCUCCGACACCACCUCUAUCGUCACGACAGCCGGCAGCACCAUCGGCUACCGACCCGGCCUGUACCUGCCACGUGGGGGCGAGCCGAGCUACAACCAUAACAUCCAUGAGAGAGGGCAGCCGGGACCUGCAAGUGAACCUACCGCCAAUGGAAACUCCGCACCCUGGACUGACGGCGCUCAGCCCCAGGCCCCGCGGCCGGCUGUUGUCACCGGGGUCUCUUCCUCUAACAUCAUGAGGAUGGGGGGCAUUCCCGUCAUGGUGCCGGCUCAGAACCAGGCUGGCUCUCUGGUGUAGCGUAACACACCCAGCUGGAAAAGAAAGAGAUCACGAAGUGCGAAGAAUCUGAAAGCUGUAUAUAUAUAUAUAUAUAUAUAUAUAUAUAUAUAUAUAUAUAUAUAUAUAUAUAUAUAUAUUGUUGCAAUUCAAAAUCUACACGCAUUUAACAGUAUGAUAUUGACUUAAGUCAGUUGAGCGUGUCUUUCUAACGCUAUACCAAUUGUUAUGCUAAAUGCUAAAUGUCUAAGGAGGUGUAUUAUUUAUUAGUGUUUUGUGUAUUAUUUGUUAAAACUGAUCCGAUACUGCCUUGGGUAUCCAAAACCAGGUGUGCCCCCUCUGUCCAAUGUCAGAUAUGAGCUGGAAAUUUGCAGACUGCUUGCUAGUCAUUUACAGCAAGAAACACAGAAAUCUACAUUGCAAGGAUGGUAUUUCCAUGCAAGUGUGAAUCAUGAGGAUCAUCAAUCCCAAACCUUUUCUCCAUCUUCGAUUAAACUGGAAGUAGAAAAUGAUGAGGCAGAACAGAUUUGCAGGGGGAUGUGCAGCGGGUGCUUUUAAAUGAAUCUAGCUUCCUUUGAAAAUGGUGUAACUUUUAAUCAAGUUCUGUAAUGCCUAGGCUAACUCCUUUUAAUGCUUAAACAGCAAUGCUCCAAACUGGCCAUCAAUCCUAUAGAACUUACAACACAAAUGAAAACCGUGUAAAUAAUAUAGUACGGAACUUCUGUACGUCAUUAGCAGUAUUUCAGUGUGGGGGUUUGAGUGAUGUCAUAAAGGUCAUUCAUCUGUUAUCCAUCGGGCUCUGCUGUGGUUACAGGUCUCAUAGAUUCUGCCUGGCUGGCUAAGCUUUCUAACACUACACUAAGACUGUUCAUUUAGAGUCCUUUUAAGAUUUUUGUAAUACUUUUCCUUUUUAGGAAACAAAUGUUUUAUCCCAUAAGACAAAAGCUGAGAACAAAAUACACACUGGUUCAAAUUCACUAGUGUCAACUCAGCUCUGGGAUCUUUAUUAUUAUUAUUAUUAUUAUUAUUAUUAUUAUUAUUAUUAUUAUUAUUAUUAUUAUUAUUUGUUUUUUUUCUUUUAGCACAACUUUUACCCAAAGUUCAGUUUUUCAAUUCUUUUUUUUUUUUUUUUUCCCAGUGUGUGAUUUGGAUCUCUUUUUGUGAAAGGAAAAUAAACCUGUCUGUGUUACAAAACUAGUGUAACAUCGCAGGUCUUCUCGUUUAGUAAAAAAACUCACAGCAGACAGCUCAGACCAGACCCAUGGCUUGUAACACACUCCAAAGCAUCAUUUCAUACACAUUAAAACAAGAUCAAGUA